AUGGGAAAAAGAGCGAGCUCGAAAGCGGGGAAAAAGGCCGCCGUCGCCGGCGCCGGCGCCAAUGACAGAAAAGAGCGGCGCGAUGAGACAGAGGCGCAGAAGGUAGAGCGGCUGCAGGCAACUCUGGCGUUUGUGAAGGCGGCGCACGCGGACGCCAUGCUUUACCUUGACAUGGAGGAGGAGUACCGGAGGGCGGGCAGGCUCCACACCUACGACCAGGACAAUGAGUGGAAGAAGCGUUUGGCCAGGGUCGCCAAACUCUACCCGCCUCCCAAGCACAUCAUGGAAGAGAUCAGUGAAUAUACCAAGUACCUCGAGGAAGACGAGGACGACUUCAGGAUAGGCCUUUGUCAAUUGAUCGAGGUGAAAUCAGAUUUUGAGAAAUCUUUUUAG